AUGCUCGAUUCCCCUUCAUCUCCCCCGAAGGCCGGCGAUGUCAUCAAAAAGUGCGGGUACUGCUUUACAUGGACAGACGCCCACCUCUCCAAGCAAGAGAUAGAGCCAUUGCGCCAACAGUGGGACACUUUAGGGGAACAAUCUAUAGAAAGAAUUCAGGCUGUAAGAGCCAAUGUUGUUAGCGAGCAGAGGAAAGAGGGGACAAAUCCUCCUCCUACCGAUCUUUACGCUCUCCUGCGGGAUCACCACCGUACCGACGAGACUCUAUCCCAGUUCUGGGACGAGGUACAUACGGUCCCCGACUGGGUGAACUGGGACCAGAUUGCGCGAGGCCAACGGGUGUUCUAUCGCUAUGCCAUGGCCAACAUCGUGGGAUUUGCCCUGCAGGGAUUCAUGGCUGAGAAUUCGGCCGCCGCCGGGGUCAUCGAAGUUCUCGUUCGAACAGGAGGCUUCUCUACCCGGGUCCUUCUAGGUCGACUCCUGGCCACCUUCCAAUGGAUGAUCCAAGUCACUCAUGGCCUCGCCUCCGUUCAACCAGGAGGUGAAGGCCACAUCGCGACGAUUCGAGUCCGACUUCUCCAUUCGUCUGUUCGACAUCGAAUCCUAAAGCUCUGCCAAACCAAUUCGGAUUACUUUGAUGCUGAACAACACGGUAUUCCAGUCAACACACUCGACUCAAUUCACUCCAUCAGCACCUUCUGCUGCAAUCCCUUCUUCUUACAACUGCCCCGAUUUGUCAUCCGACCCUCCCCAAACGAAGUGGAAGACUACAUCGCCUUAUUCCGCUACAUCGGCCAUCUACUCGGCACCCCGGUGUCGAAUUUCGAAACGGUUGACCAAGCCCAGAAAACCAUGGAAAGUCUCCUAGUUCAUGAAGUCCACCUAACCGAGACAUCCAAAAUAGUAUCCCACAACUUUCUAGAGUGUGUAGGGAACCUCCCUGCGCCAUUCUACGUGUCGAAACCCUUCCUCUACGCCGGAAGCCGCUGGAUCAAUGGCCAUGCGUUUUGCGAUGCCUUGGACCUCGGACAGCCCGGGUUUGCUUACUACCUUGCUUUCGCGGGUUUCUGUGCCCUCGUUACGGGGCUCGCGUGGCUCCAAUGGUUGAUACCUGGUACGGAUGACCUGAUGAUCAAGCUCCUCCGCACCAUCAUGUACCGCGGCAUCGUCCAACGAAAAUCUCGCAGUGGAUAUCCCUUCAAGUUCGUCCCACGGGUUGGUAAAAUGACCGGUAAGGAAAAGCAUCAUGCAGAUGGUAGUCGGGGAUAUUCCAUUUCUCAAUUGCGCCGCAGCCUUGCGCCGGACAUGGGUCUUUUCGAAGUUUUCUUUGUCGUCGUACUGCUGGGGGCUGUUUGUGUUUUGGGAGGUGGUGUGGCGUGGGGGUAUAUGUGCGUGAAAGGACUGGUGGCUUGGGCUUGGCUACUUGAUUCUGCUGUCCCGGCAGGGCAAAGUGGUAUGUCUUCUCCCUCGUCGCCCACCCAACUUCCGAGCCGCCAGGACACUUUGGCCGGAGCUGACGGACUGACCGAUUCAUUCUCUUCUUCGCAGCGCCUUGCCAAAUGGUUUACCACCCUCUCGCCCAAGGAGAAGGCCAAGAUCAUCAAGGAUGUGACCCAGCUGGUUCUGUCUCGUCGCACCCGCAUGUGCAACUUCCUCGAGUAUAAAGAUACCAAGGUCGUCUACCGUCGCUAUGCCUCCCUUUUCUUCAUCGCCGGAUGCGCCUCCACCGACAACGAGUUGAUCACCCUUGAGGUCGUGCAUCGAUACGUCGAGCAGAUGGACAAGUACUACGGCAACGUGUGCGAGCUGGAUAUCAUCUUCAACUUUCAGAAGGCAUACUUUAUCUUGGAUGAACUCUUACUGGCAGGAGAAAUGCAGGAAAGUAGCAAGAAGAAUGUGCUGAGGUGCAUCAGUCAACAGGACAGUCUGGAAGAUAUGGAGUUUCUCCCUCUCCCAGAGAUCGAGGAUGUCACAAGUUCGCUGAAUUUCGACACCGCCGACUGCCACAUCCUCGGAGGCUGCGACCUUUACACGACCAAGGCCGCUCGCGCCGAUCGCAAACUGUACAAAAACAUCGAGCAAUCACUAGAAGCUCAGUAUGAGUCGGUUCUUCGCUUGUCGGCGUCGUUGUCGCCUCCCAACGCGUCGGAUGCCGCUGCUUCGCUCAACCUGUCUCGGUCCAGCCCGUUCGGCCCCCUGAGUGAGCACUCGAGUCGCCGGACAUUCGCCUAUCUGAUCGCCACCUUGAAUGCGAGCCACUCGGAUUAUGACUUCUCUCAUGUUCUGCGCCCGUCGGAUUUCCAUCGCGAGCGGAAUCUGAAGAGGGUGAUGAACACGAUCGACACUACUUUGUUCAACCUCCGGCCUCGUGAAACUAUCGAUCUUACGCCCCCAUCGCCCGUCACGAUUUCUGGAUCGUACAAUGCCGGAGCAUCGUCCACGUGGGGCCCGCGAAUGUGGAAGAUUAUCGAUGCGCAGAUGUCUCUGAAGGAGUGCUCGCUGUAUUCCUACUCUCCCGAGGAGGACCCGUCGGAUGCCGAUGACGGCGCCAUCUGGAGCCUACACUACUUCUUCUUUAACCGACUGCGCAAGCGCGUUUGCUACAUCUAUCUCAGAGCCAUCCCUAUCCUGAGCCAUACGCCGAGUGAUGGCAUCGUUUUAACACCGACGACCAAGAGAACGUUUGAGGAUGGUUACAUGACCCCCGAGUUGGGCUCUAGCAAACGCGCCCGAUACUGGCUCGGCGACCGAGCCGACCUCGAGGAACAGGAGAGCGAGAGCGACGAGGGCGAUAACCCGCUUCCUCCCACCCGCCCAGUCGUCGACGAGUACGACAAUUACUUGCUCAGUGACGAGGAAUUUCGCUCUCGGUCCGGCAGCAAGGGCACUGUGCGUGCCAUGAGCGAGGAAAUUGCUGACGCCAUGGAGGUUUAA